AUGGCAGCAACAAGACCUACAAAGCGUCAAAAGGCUGAAAAGCUGCCUUCCCCUAUCCCUGAGCCUGACUCAGAGUCCGACCAGGGAUCCCAGUUCGAGGAGCAGGAGGAGGAUAUCUCGGCCGAAGAGGAGGAACAGGAGGAGGAUGAGGAUGAGAACGAGGAUGAGGAAGUUGACGAGCAGGACAAUAGUGAAAAUGGAGAGGAUGACGCCGAGGAAGUGGAAGAAGAGGAAGAGCCAGAGUUCAAGUCGACAUUGAGCUUUGGACAGCUUGGAUUGGCUUCUUGGUUGGUCAAUGCUCUCAAGGCCAUGUCGAUCACUGCCCCCUCUGAGAUUCAGACCAAGUGUAUCCCCGAGAUUCUGGCUGGAAAGGAUGUCAUUGGAGGCGCCAAAACUGGUUCUGGUAAAACGGCUGCCUUUGCUCUCCCUAUCCUUCAAAAGCUAUCCGAGGAUCCUUAUGGAGUCUUUGCAGUCAUCUUGACCCCCACCAGAGAAUUGGCGUUCCAAAUUGCCGAGCAGUUCAACGUUCUUGGAAAGACAAUCAACCUCAAGGAUGUGGUCGUUGUCGGCGGAUUGGACAUGAUGACCCAGGCUAUCGCCCUCUCCAAGCGCCCUCACAUUAUCAUUGCCACACCUGGCCGACUUCGGGAUCACAUCAACUCUUCGGGAGAUUCCAUGAACUUGUCCAAGGUCAAGUUCCUCGUGCUAGAUGAGGCUGAUAGGCUGUUGACAGAGACCUUCGCAGAGGAUUUGGGUGGUAUUUUGGAGGUACUCCCCAAAAAGCGCCAGACUUUGCUCUUCACCGCCACAAUGACCGACGCCGUCUUGGAGCUUGCAGGACCUACUGACAACGCUACCAAACCACCACCAUUUGUCUACCAGUGCAAGACCAACGUCUCGACUGUCAAGACGUUGACCCAGUCCUACAUCUUUAUACCCUCCCACCUCCGAGAGACAUACCUCGCCUAUCUACUCCGUUCAGAGGAAUUUAUCAAGAAAUCUAUCAUUAUCUUUACAGGACGAUGCAGAACUGCCGAGACACUCAGAGUCAUGUUGAGGGAGUUGGGUAUCGCUUGUACAGCGCUUCACUCGGAGAUGUCGCAGCAGGAGCGUCUGAACUCGCUUGCCAAGUUCCGCGGAGGAAUCAUUUCUGUCUUGAUUGCCACAGAUGUUGGAUCUCGUGGUCUUGAUAUUCCAAGUGUGCAAUGGGUUCUCAACUACGACAUUCCCCGCGACCCUACAGAUUACAUUCAUAGAGUCGGUCGUACCGCUCGUGCUGGACGUGGAGGUCAAGCCGUCUCGAUGGUCUCUGAGCGUGACAUCGAGCUGGUUCACGAUAUUGAGAGCAGGAUAAACAAGACGAUGAGCGAAUACCCCGUUUCGGAGAACAAGGCUCUGGAACUUUUGACCGAAGUCACAUCAGCCAAGCGCGCCGCUACAAUGGCGCUCCAAGAUGCCCAGUACGGAGAGAAGAAGAGGAUCCAGAAGCAGAAGCGUCAGGCAUUGGAGGAGGCCAGAUCAGGCGUGAAGUCUUCAACAUCCAAGAGUGGCAAGCGGAAAUCCAGUGCUCAGUGA